CCAUCACCACCACCCUCUCCUCCCCGCGUCUCAACCCACCGGAAAUCCGUUCAAAAGCACCCACACUCCCGCACGCCAUGGCGUCGCGAGCGGCGGCCGCGAUGUUGCUCGCCGGAGCCGUCCCUGUGCCUCCCCGCCCACCCGCAGCCGCAGUGGCAGCCGCCGGCGCCAGGUGCUGCGGGUGGAGGAGGCGACGGCUCGGGCUCCAGCGCGGCGGCAUUCGCGGGAGGGUCUCGUGCUGCUCCUCCUCCCACCGCCGCGCGGCCCCGGACCGCCCCUCCUGCAGCGCGGCUGAGGAGGGAGUAGUGGUGGAGCUGCUCAAGGGCGCGGUCGCGGCGCUCGCCGUCAUCGCCCAGAUUUCCGUGUCGCUCCCGGCGAACGCGAUCCUCUAUUCGCCGGACACGAACGUGCCGAGGACCGGGGAGCUGGCGUUGAGGAGGGCCAUCCCCGCGAAUCCAAACAUGAAGACCAUACAGGAAUCGCUGGAGGACAUCUCCUACUUGUUGAGGAUACCGCAGAGGAAGCCGUAUGGCUCCAUGGAGGGAGACGUCAAAAAGGCCAUGAAGAUAGCAAUGGACAACAAGGAUACGAUUUUGGCUAGUAUACCUGUAGAACUCAAGGAAAAAGGCUCGAAAUUAUAUACUACCUUGCUUGAAGAGAAGGGUGGUUUGCAAACUCUAUUGAAAUAUAUCAAGGAAAAUGAUCCUGAUAAACUUUCGGUCGCACUUGCUUCAUCUCUAGAUACUAUUGCUGAAUUGGAGCUUCUACAGGCUCCAGGUUUAUCCUUCCUCCUACCUGGACAAUAUUUGGAAUAUCCCAGGCUAACAGGAAGAGGAGUUGUUGAAUUCUCAGUUGAGAAAGGUGAUGGUUCAACAUUCUUUCCAACUGCUGGUGGUGAACCAAAAAGUGUUGCUACAAUUCAGAUAGUGGUUGAUGGAUACUCUGCCCCACUGACUGCUGGAAACUUUGCGAAAUUGGUGUUGGAUGGGGCAUAUGAUGGGGUAACACUGAAAUGUGCAAGUCAGGCAAUUAUUGCAGAUAAUGAGACUGGUAAGAAAGGCUACACUGUUCCAUUAGAGGUCAUGCCUGCUGGACAGUUUGAACCGCUAUACAGAACUCCACUAAGUAUCCAGGAUGGAGAAUUGCCAGUCCUUCCAUUGUCUGUAUAUGGUGCAGUUGCUAUGGCACAUAGUGUUGAUUCUGAUGAAUAUUCGUCACCAACCCAAUUCUUCUUCUACCUUUAUGACAAGAGAAAUUCUGGUUUAGGAGGAAUAUCUUUUGAUGAAGGACAAUUUUCAGUUUUUGGGUAUACUACAGAUGGAAGAGAAGUUCUUUCACAGAUUAAAACUGGAGAUAUAAUUCGUUCUGCCAAGCUUGUACAAGGCAGAGAGCGCCUUGUACUGCCCCCAACAGCGCCGGCAGAGAGCUGAUGGUGAUACAAUACAACGGCAAGCUUUGCAAACCGGAAACAUUCUUUCAUUGCUCAGGAGACUUAAAAUGUUUACGGCAUAUAAAAUAUGUAAACCUGACUGAGCAGCUCAUCAAAUUUAUAUAUAUAUAGAAGCAAUGCAAAUUUUCA